CGAUACUGCGCAUGCGCUGAAGACGCCCUGUGGCUUGCUGCUGUCACCUGCUGCUGGGGGCUUCAGACCAGACACGACCUACAGUUGUGUCCCAAUUACUCUGCGAAAUACUUGCACUCUUCCCGUGCAGGGACAAUACAUCCACUGGUUUACUAUUACUAAGCAGGUUGCCUUGCUGAUGCAAUGCUAAAAGAAUAGAAAGCUGAGCCUCCCAUGGCUGUAAGCACCAUGGACUCUGAGUCACCCCGGACCCCUCAGCCUCAGGCUGCCCUGACCAAAGGAGGGCGCUCCCUGCUACCUGUUGGUGCCCUGAGUGCUAAGCUGGGCCCUCAAGGGAAGCAUUAUGUCUGCGGUUCUGUCGCAGCUUUUACUAACAUCAUGGUGACUUUCCCCAUCCAGAAGCUGCUGUUCCGCCAGCAGCUCCAUGGUGUUCUGGCCACAGAGGCGGUACGACAGCUUCAGAGGGAUGGGCUGAGAAAUCUUUACCGGGGCCUGCUGCCCCCACUGCUCCAGAAAAGCACUACGGUGGCCAUCAUGUUUGGGCUGUACCAGGACUUCUCCAGAGUCUUACUGGAACAGGCACGUGGUAGUGGUUUGCCAGAGCUGGUCACACGAAGCUUUGCUGCAGCAUUAGCAGGAACUGCAGAGGCCAUCUUGACACCGUUUGAGCGCGUGCAGACUCUCCUUCAAGACCAUCGGCACCAUGACCGCUUCAACAACACAGCUCACACCUUCCGAACACUUCUGACACAGCAUGGUGUCAGUGAAUGCUACCGUGGCCUCGUGCCCAUACUCCUCCGUAAUGGCCCGAGCAAUGUGCUCUUUUUCGGGCUGCGUGGACCCAUUAAGGAGCAGCUCCCAGAGGCCUCUAGCUGGGCUGGCCACAUGGUUAAUGAUUUUGUGUGUGGAGGGUUGUUAGGGGCAGCCCUUGGCAUUAUGUUCUAUCCAUUAAACGUGGUAAAGUCCCGAGCUCAGUCUCAGGUCGGUGGAGCUUUCCAGCCUUGCAGACAGGUGCUGCUUACAGUGUGGAGAGAGAGGGGCUGCAGUGUGGCCAGGCUCUUUAGAGGGGCCCAUCUCAACUACCACCGUUCACUGCUGUCCUGGGGUAUCAUCAACGCCACCUACGAGCUGCUGCUCAAGCUAAUAUGAGGGGAGGGAGAUGAAGAUGAGAAAAUAGAGAUCUAAAGAACAAGAGAAAGUAUUUAAAGGGAAAAAUAUGUUUAGAAUCAGUCUGUUGUGAAGGAAGGAAAUCGAAAGUGAAGCCAAUGCACUUGCUCUUUGCUGUGAGUCUGGAGUUUCUGAGAGAGAAAGAGAGAGAUGUGGAGCUGAACUUCUGACAGGGGCCAAUACUCAGUUUGAGUUCAAACAACCUGCCACAUGCUGUAACUAUUUCCUGUUGUCAAAGUAUUAAAAACCCAUACACAUGCUUAAGCCUACAUAUAAACCUGUGCCAGGGUCCAACUGAAUGCCCUUGUUUGCUCUGUACAAAAAUUCAAGGGGAGCAAACUGAAUUUCAGUGAUCCCCCCCCACCUCCACUAUUUCAAUCAAAGGUUACUUGAGUGUAUUCUGUUUUGUAGGAGACUCUGUUUCUUUAUAUGUGCUGUGUGCUGUGGUGUUCUGUCUAUCUGUUUGACCAAGAGCACUUUCUGUCAGAGGUUGUGAUCUGCUACAUAACUGAAAGACUUUUGUACUUUUUGUCAAUUUAAAUGCCCCAAGUCACUGUCAAAUCAAGUGUUGGCAUCAUUUUUCUUUUUUUCCCCUUUAUCUUAAUCAGCUAAUAAAUGUGAGAUGACAAGAUUUAUACUCAUAAUAACUGAAAUGCUUAUGAGUGUUCUUUGAAAAAAACCUUCUAGCAAACACAGACAGGCUAUUUUAAACAGCAUAAAUAUAUUUUUGUUUAUAAUUUAUUGGAAAGGAGAGAAAUUAUUUUAAAUUUCUAAAUUCUAAAUUGCACCUUUUUCUUUUUCAUUUUCAGCUUUUAUGUAGUUAUUUACUCUCAACUUUAUUUUAUUAAUGAUUUUUUUUUUUUUUUUUUUCAAAACAAAAUUUAAAAUCUCAUGUUUAAUCCAUCUAUCUGUCCUCCUCUGCUCAUUCUUUGACACUGUUACUUAUCUCACGCUUGCUCUCCUCUCUGUCUGUAACAUCUGUUGACAUAAUGGGCUCAGAUUUCAAGCUUGAGUAGAGGCAGUCACUACGCAGCCGCUCUGGCUGGGAUACGACAGCCCGAAGAGGAAAGGCAUGCUGCUCGGACACUGAGAGAGAGAAUGAACAGUAAUGGUGCUGAAAGAAGACAGGCGCAAAGGGUAAUGUUCACUGGCACAAAAAGCUCAAGCUGCCAUGUAAAUGGAUCACUUGGCCUAUUUCUUCAGCUCUUUUUUAUUAUGACUGUCCACAGUCGCGUUUCAUGAACUUUUUUUUUUCAGGAUCUUGUGAAAGACUUUGUUGUGACUCAGGCUUUGAAAGUAGGACACCCUUGCAGAAAUGUAAUGUUGCUGUCUAUGUAAAACACUUAUCUCAGAAGCACAAAUCACCAAAACUCCAUUAAAAACGGUUUGUGAAAGUUGCAACCACAUGAAAUGUUGAAGUCAACCCAUUAAAAGUGUGGACAGAUA